AUGGUGCAGUACUUUUUACAGAGGUACAGUACUAGUAACAGUACUUAAAUCAAAGAGUGAUUGUUUGAAAAAAGUAUAUAAAACCCCUAAUUCCAGGAGCUCGAAAAAGUGUUCCAGUUAAAAAUUCACUAGGGCCAAUGUGUUUAAAUAUACAAAAAUUGUUUUCAUCGGGAAUUUUCUCCCCUUCAUAUUCAACUUGUAGGCUGUGUGCACUUUGCUCUGCACAAGUGGCACUGCCCCUACGGCUGUCUCAGUGAAACAGUUAUCAAACGUUUCUCAAUGACUGGUUUCUUUUAUAGAUUCCCAAACCUUCUGCCGUUCACAUCAGUGAGAGAUUUGGAAGAACUGACUCAGGAGGUCCACGACUUUGUUACAAUGGACGAAGAGGACCUUCCGAACUCAGUC